GCCGAGCGACAAGCGGGAGGAUUUGGCGGCAGCGCGAGGAGCUCGCGGUCUGGGAGGCUACGCACCAUGAGCGCGCGGCUGAGCGAGGGGGCCAUCGCGGCCAUAAUGCAGGGAGAAAAUAAUUUGAAGCCUGUCCUCCAAGUCAUUAACAUCCGUGCCAUCGCCACAGGAAAUGGGCCAUCUCGUUACCGUGUGCUGAUGAGCGAUGGGGUGAACACGCUUUCCUCUUUCAUGUUGGCUACACAGCUGAAUUCUCUAAUUGAAGAGGAGCGCUUGUCUGCCCACUGUAUCUGCCAGGUUAACAGAUACAUUGUUAACAGCCUGAAAGAUGGAAGGAGAGUGAUUAUAUUGAUGGAUUUAGAUGUUCUGAAAACAGCUGAUGUAGUUGGUGCAAAUAUUGGCAAUCCAGUACCAUACAAUGAAGGACAGGGGCACCAGCAGCAACGUUCCUCAGCUCCAGCAGCCAGCCCAACACACAGCAAACCACAGCAGCAGAAUGGAAAUUCAGCAGUAGGCCCCACUACUACUAAGUACCUUGGUCCCUCAAAGCAGUUUGGUAAAGCAGGUGGUACUAGCUUCUUGAGCACCCCUGGUGGAUCACAGUCCAAAGUGGUACCAAUUGCCAGUCUGAAUCCAUACCAAUCCAAAUGGACCAUUUGUGCUCGUGUUACCCAAAAAGGCCAGGUUCGCACAUGGAGCAACUCCCGUGGUGAAGGAAAGCUGUUCUCUAUAGAGCUGGUUGAUGAAAGUGGUGAAAUUAGAGCUACUGCUUUCAAUGAUCAAGUGGACAAGUUCUUUCCCCUCAUUGAAUUGAACAAGGUGUAUUACUUCACCAAAGGCCAUCUGAAGACGGCUAACAAGCAGUAUACAGCUGUGAAAAAUGACUAUGAGAUCACAUUCCAUAAUGAGACUUCUGUUGUACCCUGUGAGGAUGCUCAGCACCUUCCUUCGGUUCAGUUUGAGUUUGUGCCCAUCUCUGACUUGGAGAACACAUGCAAAGACUCAAUUGUCGACAUAAUUGGAGUCUGUAAGAGCUAUGAAGACAUCUCUAAAAUUACAGUGAAAUCUAGCAAUAGAGAGGUGUCCAAGAGGAAUGUGCAUUUGAUGGAUACAUCUGGGAAGAUGGUGACAGCUACUCUGUGGGGAGAUGAGGCUGAAAGAUUUGAUGGUUCUAGACAACCUGUGGUAGCCAUCAAAGGAGCCAGAGUCUCUGAUUUCGGUGGCCGGAGUCUCUCUGUUCUGUCCUCAAGCACGGUUGUGGUGAACCCAGAUAGUCCAGAGGCAUUUAAGCUCCGAGGAUGGUUUGACUCUGAAGGGCAGCUUUUGGAAUGUACCUCAAUCUCUGAUCUGAGAGGUGGACCAACAAUUGGGGGAAAUACCAACUGGAAAACUUUGCAUGAAGCUAAAUCUGAAAAUUUGGGACAAGGAGAUAAGGCAGAUUAUUUUAGCUGCGUGGGCACAGUGGUAUUCCUGCGCAAAGAGAACUGCAUGUACCAGGCAUGUCCCUCUCAGGACUGCAAUAAGAAAGUGAUAGACCAACAAAAUGGACUGUAUCGCUGUGAGAAAUGCGAUCGCGAGUUCCCCAACUUCAAGUAUCGCAUGAUACUCUCGGUGAACAUUGCAGACUGUCAGGAGAAUCAGUGGGUGACUUGUUUUCAGGAGUCAGCAGAGGUCAUUCUUGGGCAAAAUGCUGCUUUCCUGGGAGAACUGAAAGAAAAGAAUGAGCAGGCAUUUGAGGAAGUGUUCCAAAAUGCCAACUUCAGCUCAUACGAAUUCAGGAUCAGAGUCAAGCUGGAGACUUACAAUGAUGAAUCUCGUAUUAAAGCCACAGUAAUGGAUGUGAAGCCUGUGAACCACAAAGAAUACAGCAAGAGGCUGAUCAUGAACAUCAGAAAAAACGCAGUGCAGCUAGGAUAAGAAGGAUGGUGUUGAUUGAGCUGAAACUAGAACUUCCACACAGAAUAACUAAAGAGCUGAAGUUAAAUUGAUUUCUUCCCACCCCAUGUGACAAUUUGGCAUUAGUUAUGCAGUGCAUGGUAGCCCUUUAUAGUGGGUAAGUGAUUUCAUGGAAUCCUGUGUGCAGAUAUCCCAGUGGUAAGUUAAAAGAAAGUGCACUCAGGAGGCCUUGGUGUAUUGUGGACUAUCUUGGUCAAUUAAACUAUGGCAGAGCUAAAGAGGAAUCGCUAGACAAACUGAUACUAGUUGCUCCUGCAGGCUUGCAACCUGUGUUAAGAUUUCAUUCUUCAGACAUUUUGUAUGCCUUUGCUAAAGUAACUUUGCUCUCUUCAGAGAUUUAAAGCUAAAAUACAGACUCUUUUUUUUUUUUUUUUUAAACACUAGAAGAGACUGGUGAUACCCUUGGCACUUUUGACUUGUUCUGAAGUGGGUGAGAAGGAGGGAAGGAGAGACUGUCAUACAGCUUUCUGAUGUGGACUAAGGAGAAAGGGCCUAUUAGCACGAGUCAGUCCUCCUUCUGCAGAAUUCAAAGGCUUUCUCUUUCCACAGGUGCCAGGCAGUUGUUAAUGCUUGGAAUGGCAAUAUGGUAGAAUUAUUAAUCAAAGACACAUCUCUCAUAUAUCUGAAGAAUAUCCUUCCUUCAGGGUUUAUCAGACUGAGUCAGAUGGGUCUGAUAUUAAUCAAAAUUGUCUCUUCUGGGAGAGGCUGAUAAGCAUUGACUCUCUGUCCCCCCAGGGAAAUCUAGGCAACUACAAAGCAUUGCUUUAGUUUUCACUUCACAUGCUUCCUGCCUUAUACAUAUUUCUUGUGCUGGUGUUUAAUUUCUUUGUUUUUGUUUGUAAAAGUGUUAAUCAGAAACAAGUUUUUAAAUGGGGGGGGCACUUUAUGUUAAAACUGUGUUUCAAUAAACAGUAACAAUAAACAACAAAGCUUUGUUUGUU